ACUCUUCCUCGCUCACACCGGUAGUUGUCAUGGCGAUGGAGUCAGCCUCGGCGUCGGCUCCGGGGGUUGUUGCCAUGGAGAUCCCGGUGCGAGGUGCGCUCCCGGUGGUGGAGGAAGACGAGGGCUACAUCGCUACGCCGCCGGGGUCCGAGGAGCGACUACGGUACCGUAGAGGAGGAGCGAGACGGCGGCGAGGGGUGCCAUUCAACCGGGGCAGCCACUACAUGCUGAUAGUGAUCGGGGAGAUCGGCACGGAGCACCAGCUGGACACCGCCAAAGCGCAGAUAGAGCGGGGAAUUCGAUCUUGGGACGUCGACCUCAAGUGCUGCGACCUUGAUCAGCAGCUGCAGCUGUUUAUAACUCGUCACUCCGCCCACUUCUCCUCGGAGGUCAGAGGACAAAGAACUCUCCACCACAGAAGUGAUGUCCUAGAGACCGUGGUGCUCGUCAACCCUUCACAAGACACUGUUGUAUCAGAGAUCCAGUCUCUAGUCACAGACUCAGCAGGACACAAGCUUCUGGUCUUGAGUGGCCAGAGCUCAGAUCACGGUGGCCUUCUCCUUCAAAGUGGGGUUUUCACCUACCAGACCUUCUCAUGUGUCUUUGCUGAUCCUGGGGUCAGUGAAUUACUGGGCACAACAGCCCCCAAGCAGCAGGCUACACUCACUGUGUCCUGCCGCGGGGAGGUGGGCUGGAGCUCCCUGGGACAGCAGCAGACCCUGCGGGAGUUCCUGGAAUACAAAUUGAACCCUGAGUCUGUUCUCCCCAAAAUGGAGGGCGUCACCGAGUUCACAGAGUACAUCUCUGAGACCGUCGACGUCCCUUCACCUUUCGACCUCCUGGAGCCACCCACAUCCGGAGGCUUCCUGAAACUGUCCAAGCCAUGUUGCUACAUCUUUCCCGGUGGACGAGGAGACUCUGCCCUCUUCGCUGUGAAUGGCUUCAACAUCUUAGUGGAUGGAGGCUCGGAGCGAAAAUCAUGCUUCUGGAAGCUGGUUCGUCACUUGGACCGCAUUGACUCAAUUCUGCUCACACACAUCGGUGCUGACAAUCUCCCAGGGAUCAAUGGGCUGCUUCAGAGGAAGAUAGCAGAGCAGGAGGAGGAGCAGUCUCAAGGUUCCACCAACUAUAGCGACUGGAUGAAGAACCUGAUCUCUCCCGAACUUGGCGUUGUUUUCUUCAACGUGCCAGAGAAGCUUCGUAUGCCUGAAUCAAAUCUUAAAGUGAAACGCAGCAUCGAAGAAGCCUCGCUGACUUUGCAGUACCUUAACAAACUAGGAAUAAAAGCUGAGCCUCUCUGUCGAGUGGUCAGCAACACCAUUGAACCCAUUACUCUGUUCCACAAGAUGGGAGUGGGCAGGUUAGACAUGUAUAUUCUCAACCCUGUCAAAGAUAGUAAAGAGAUGCAAUUUUUAAUGCAGAAGUGGGCUGGCAACAGCAAGGCCAAGACUGGCAUUGUGCUGCCCAACGGGAAAGAAGGAGAAAUCUCUGUGCCCUACCUGACAUCAGUUACAGCCUUAGUCGUCUGGCUCCCUGCCAACCCUGCAGAAAAGAUCGUCCGAGUGCUGUUCCCUGGGAAUGCACCGCAAAACAAGAUCUUGGAGGGGCUGGAAAAAUUAAAGCACCUUGACUUCUUGCGCUAUCCUGUAGCCACACAAAAGGACAUUGCCUCAGGAGCUCCUCCCUCUGUUAUAAAACAAACCAAAUUAAAGCAAAGAACAGAUAGCAAAGAGAGUCUUAAGUCCUCACCGAAGACAACCGCAAAGGCCUCAAAGAAAGAAACUGAAGGACAAGAUGACGUGUCAGCCGCCACAGAGGCAAAGAGUGACUCUGUGAAGGAAAACAUGUUGGAGAAAAAGGAAGAGAAGAAGCCUACUAAAACUAUCAAAUCUAAAACUGAUGUGCCAGAAAAGAAAAAACUCAUGAAAGAAAAAUCCUUAAAAAAGCACCCAAAAGAAAGGGUGUCAAAAAUGGAUGAGAAAAAGGACAAGGAAAAGAAAGAGAUCAAGAAAGUAAAGAAAGACGACUCUAAAAAAGAUGACAAGAAGGAUGCUAAGUCCAAAGAAGACAAAAAGAAGGACACAUCCAAACCGGAGCUGAGAAAAAUUACAAAGCCUGACCUGAAACCACUUACACCAGAAGUCAGAAAGACAUUACAUAAAGCUAAAGUGUCAAGUAAAGCCAAGACUGGAAAAGUCAAAGCAACAAAGGCUGAACCUGCUGAACCGAAGAAAGAAGAGCCAAAACCUGAAACUGUUCAACCUGAGCCAGUGGAGAACGGAGCUGUUGAGGGCAUAUCUGCCCCCUCAACUCCAGAAGACCUCACCAAGGAUUUUGAGGAACUGAAAAAAGAUGAUGUCAUAGAUGCAUCAGCAGAGCCAGGGGACAGUAACAAAGUCUCAUCGGAGCUGACGGAACAAAGCCUUACCCAAGAGGAGCAGGAAGCACAAGAAACUACUUCUGAAAUUCCACCUGGCACAAAGUCUCCAGAAAAGGAGGUCCCAGCCCCAGAAGCUGGUGACAAAGAUGCAACACAAGAGAGAGAAAUGGAAGAGGCUCAAAAGUUUGAGGAUGAGGGAGCAGCAACACAAGAUGAGGAAGAGGAGGAGGAAGAAGAGGAGGCCCCAGCAGUUGUAAAGAAAGCAGUAGAGGAGGAGGAGGAAGAAGAUAUGGGAAUAGGUGAAGAAGAGGAUGAAUCAAAAUGGAAAGAGGCAAAGGACGAUGGGCUCGACAGGAAACAUGAAAUAGAAGAAAUGGAGAAAUCAGAAAAUCUCUCGGCUAUGGUUAUGACAAAAGCUGAACCACAAAUGAUUCUAGCUGAAGAGGAGGAGGAGGAGGAGGCAGUGGAGAAAGCUGAACUGGAGGAGGUAGAAGAUUUAGAUGUAAUUGCAGACGAAGAGAUCAAAGUCAGACCUGAAGAUGCUGCUGAAGAGCAAAUGGUCACUGAAAGCCAAACCACUGAAGUUCUGACUGCAGCCAAAGAUGAAGAAGAAGAAGACGAGGAGGGAUACCUGUCACAUGUUGCAGGGGCCACAGCUCCCAUAACCUCAGUAGCUCAAGGAGCCGCCGCAGCUGAACCCAUCUCCUACAUCCAGGACGAGACCAUCCCUGGAUACUCUGAGACAGAGCAAACCAUCUCUGACGAGGAGAUUCACGAGGAGGCAGAGGAGAGGAUACCACACCUUCAGUACGACGUUGGUGCCUAUGACAUCUCUGUUCCAGAUCAGACUGAGUCAUUUGUAAACAUUCACGGCAUGAGAGAGAUGCAAGCUGCUGCUAUGACUGAGAAAGGUUUUAUCCCAGGUGUGCAGGAGCAAGUGUCGGUGUUCACCAACAUCAUCACUGCUCCGCUGGCAGAAGAGGAGCAUGUGUCCUCUGCAACGUCCAUCACAGAGUAUGACAAAAUCUCCUCCUUUCCCACUUCAAUCGCCGAAGACCAAUCUGUGGCAUCUGUCGCUGCACCUCCAGCUGAGGAACCAACCAAAACCUCUGUUCCUGUGUCAACCCCAUCUGACACUAGCCAAGGCAAAGAUCAGCCACUCUCUGCAGGAACUCUGUCACCGCCUUCUUUAGAAGACGACAAACAAUCCAAGUCUCCAUCUGACGACUUGCAGCUUCCCGUUGCUGAGGUGAAGAUGGGUGCUAAGGCUCCUGAUGCUCAUGAUGAGGAAGAGGAAGAAGAAGAAGAUGAGGAGGAAGAGGAAGAAGACCAAACUCCUAAUGUUGAGAUGUCACUUGAAAAACUCCAAGAGGGCUAUGCUGCAUCCCAAUUAUUACAGAGCAAGGAGAAAGACACCGAAAUGCUCGCUGGCUCAGUGUCUCCAGAUUCAAAGUCUACAGAAGACACCAAACCAGUCCACCUACCAGUCGAAGAGGAGAAUAUAGAUGCAGUUGCACCUAAAGAUAUUUCCUCUGUUGUGCCUACUAGACCUUUUGGAUCAGACUCGGUAACUUCAGAGAGUGAAGAGCGCUGUUUCAGCCCGGAUGAUAUCACUGUGAAAAUGGCCUCUCCUCCACAGUCCGGACCGCCAAGUGCAGCUCACUCUCCACUUCGGCAGUCACCGGUGGAAGACAAAAUGAAGGUCUUUCCCGAUUCGGAGCUGCAAAAGCAAGAGGAGCUACUCGAUGUAGUCACAGCACCUGAAGACAAAACUAAAAAGACAGAUGAAAUAAAAACAGAAACAAAGGAAGAUGCUGACAAACAGAAAGCAGAUCAGCAUGAGAUAGACGUUUCAACAUCCUUGGACAAAUCAUCUGAGAAAGACAUAAAAGAGGUUCCAGCAUUGAAGGAGCCAGAAAAAGAAGCUUCACCAGUGCCAAAAGAUGAAGGCAAACAAGCAGAAACGAUGUCUGUUGUUGCUGCAGCUUUGACAGAAGUUCAGCCACCCUUGUUAGGGAAGGAUUCCCUCAUCUCAUCUGGACAAAGUGAUGAAGAGGCUGACAAAGGGCUUCAUGACAAAGAACCUAAAGUACCUGUUCCAGGGAAAUUUUCAGAGAGGGACAGUCGUUCCCUGGAUGAUGAUGAUGAUAACAAGAAAGAUGAUGACGAUGAUCAUCAUGAUAAAUCUGCAGUUAAAACUGUCAAAGCGGAACAGGAGAAAGAAAAAGAUGACACCUCCGAUGUCAUUCAAAUCAAGGAUGAGCAGAAACAGAAAUCUGUCAUCCAGGAAGACAUUCCUGCCGUUAAGUCCAUCACGGAUGAGAAAGCAGAGAAAGAGGCUGUGAAAGAUGAUUCAUCUGAAAUUAAACCUAUCGAAGAGGAGCAAAUUGUAAAGGACAUUGUUGAUAUAGCCAUUAAAGAUGAACAGAAGGAGCCUGAAAAAGACCAAGUUCCUGAAGUCAAAACUGCUAAAGAAACAGAAAAAGAAAUUGUUCCUCCUGAGGUUAAACAAAUCAAAGAUGAGCAGAAGCAGCAAGAUACAAAACAAGAUGAUUCUGACCUCAAAACCAAAGGUGAGGUCACUGAGAUGGAGGUUAAAAAGGAAGAUGUUUGUGAAAGCAUGAUUUUGAAAGGAGAGGAGAUGAAAGAGACAGAAAAGGAUGCUACUUUGGAUAUAAGCUCUGUAAAGACUGAAGAAAAAGAGAUUGAAAAGGUCCAGACUGCUGAUAUCAAGCCUCUUAAAGACGAGACAGAGGAAAAGGCAGAGAAAGCCGAUAUGCCCAUCACUGAGCAUGCUAAAGAUGACAAGAAAAAUGAGACAGAAACAUCUGAUAUUAAAGUGAUCGAAGAUAAGAAAGAGGAAAAAAAAGAGAUGGAAAAGAUAGAUGCUUCUGCUAUCAAGCCGUUAACAGAUGAGCAGAGGGAAAAGGAGAAAGAAAUGGGUGACAUCAUUGUUGCUAAACUCACCAAAGAAGAAGUAAUUAUCAGCAAGGAUGAUGCGUCUGCUGUUUCCAUGACAGAAGAGAAGGCAGAGGAGGUUUGUAAAGAUGCUAUCUCAACCAUCAGCCUCACUGGAGUGGAGGAAAGGGAUGUAACGUUGAGUAAAGAUGAGAUUGUUGCUGCCAAGCUGACCACAGAGCAAGAAAAAGAGAAAGAGACAAGCAAAGAUGACACCAAACUCUCCAAGGAGCAGGAAAAAGAUAUGACAACAAGCAAGGAUGAUGCUCACAUCUUCACAUCUACUGCAGAGGAAGACAAGAAGGAAGACACCAUUAAAGAUGAUACUGCUGCUAUAAAACUUACCAAGGCGGAGGAAACAGAUAAACUGCCCAGUAAGCAAGAUGAUUCUGCUAUGAAACCAACCUUUGGAGAAGAAAAGGAACAAGUGGAAAGUAAAGACGAUACUGCUGCCAUCCAACUAACCAAGGUGGAGGAAGAGCAUGUUAAAGUUUGUAAAGAUGAAGAUUUCUCUGCCAUAUCAGUGAAGGUAGACACAAAAGAGACUUUUAAGGAUGCUGUCAAACCAGUCAUUGAGGAAGAAAAGGGGCAAGAAACAGAUAAAGUUGUCACUUCUGCUGUCAAGGAAGAGGAUUUAGUAUGCAAAGGUAUUUCUGCUGUCAAAACAACAGAGGAGGUAACAAGCAUGAAGGAUGACACUUUUGUUACUAAAGUCACCACACAAGACGAAAAGGAGAAGGAAAUCAGUAAAGAUAUUUGUGCUGUCCCAUCCACAGAAGAAGAGGGAAAGGAGGAAGCAAAAGACAAAGAGGAAACUAUCACUGUGAAACCAUCCAAAGAGGAAGACGUGUCAAUUCAGGACAUUAGUGUUGCCAUUGAACCCAUCAAGGACGGAAAAGAUACAGUACCAGUUAAAGAUGAAAUUGCUGGUAUCAAACCCGACAAAGAGGAGGAAAGCAAAGACGCUGCCAGUGUAAAAUCCCUUGCAGUGGAGGACAAGAAGGUAGAUCUGAAAGAUGUUUCUGAUGUGACAGUCAUCAAGGAGGAGGCAAAAGAAAUCAAGGAAGAGACAAAAGAAAUCAAGGAGGAGGCAAAAGAAAUCAAGAAGGAGGCAAAGGAAAUCAAGGAGGAGGCAAAGGAAAUCAAGGAAGAGACAAAAGAAAUCAAGGAAGAGACAAAAGAAAUCAAGGAAGAGACAAAAGAAAUCAAGGAGGAGGCAAAAGAAAUAAAGGAGGAGGCAAAAGAAAUCAAGGAAGAGACAAAGGAAAUCAAGGAAGAGACAAAAGAAAUCAAGGAAGAGGCAAAAGAAAUCAAGGAAGAGACAAAAGAAAUAAAGGAGGAGGCAAAAGAAAUCAAGGAGGAGGCAAAAGAAAUCAAGGAAGAGACAAAAGAAAUCAAGGAGGAGGCAAAAGAAAUCAAGGAAGAGACAAAAGAAAUAAAGGAGGAGGCAAAAGAAGUCCUGAAGGAUAAAAUUCCUGAUGAAGAAGUUAAGGUAAAAGAACAAGAAAUGGAAAAAGAGAAAGACAAACGUGAUAUUGCUGAUUCUCUAUCCACGGAGCAGAAGGAAGCAGACAAAGACGAUACUUCUGUCAAAACCACUAUGGAUGAGAAAGAGGUGAUAAAAAGUGACAUUUCUGGCAAAGAGAUAGAAAAGCAGGAGGUUGAAGAGGAGGAAAAGAAAGACAUCUCUGACCACAAACCAAUUUUAGAGGAAAUUAAGGAUAAAGAACCUGACACACAAAAGGACAAAGAAAGAGACUCAAGUGGUGAGCAAACAAAGGACAUGAAAGAGAAAGAGCCGUCCAAAGAUGAAACCAUCAAGGAGGAAAUGAAAGAUGAAGUCAAACAGGGCAGUCUAGAAUCUGAAUCCAUCAAACAGGAAACAGACAAGGAGGUAUACACUCCAUCAAUCAGCGAUGAGAAAAAGGGGAAAGAUGAUUAUCCUGUUGAGCUUGAAUCUAAGAGGGAUGAUAAAAAAGAGGUAGAUCUUCCCACCUCUCAGACCAUGGAGGAGGAGAAAACUAAAAAGGAUGAUAUUUGUGAUAAGCAUAUACAUGAAGAAUCCUCCGAUAAGCUUACUGAAAUCCAAAAAGAAAAGGAAACGUUUGCAGCUACUUCAGUAGAAAUGCAGCAAGACACCUCUGUAACUACAUCAAGUGCUGCCCUGAAACCAGUGAAAGAUGACGUUUGUGUGUCACUCAGCCACAUUCAAGAGGAGAAAAAAGAACAAGAUAAAGAAGCAAAGGUCAUCAUUAGUCAAGAAGAGAAGAUGGAGAAAGAAAAAGAUGAUGCACACGUGGCUGAACUCAGUAAAGAACAGAAAAUGGAAAAGGAACAAGAAAAAGAAUACACGUAUGGGACUGAAGACAUCAAAGAUGAAAAGACAAAACCAGAAGAGGAUGAAAAAGUUAUUAAAGAGAAGGACGUUUCUGACACGAAGACAUAUGACAACACUGAGAAAGACUCUGAUGCAGACCACACCAAAGAGGAAAAAUGGGAGCGAGAGGAGUUACAAGAGAAAGACCUGGACAAAGCCACGAAGCAGCCUGCGCAGACAGUAUUAGAAGACACAGUAAUGGCAUCAAAGUCAGAUUACAAGCCUGCAUUUGUGGUUCAGUCGUCCGAUGAAGACAGGGAAGAUGAAGAUGAGGAGGACAUUUGCAUGGGAGGAGCAGGGUCCAGACCUUUGUCAGUGGAGCCAAGACAUUCAGAACAUGACAUCUCGUCUGCAGGUCUGCCCUUAGCCCCAGCUCCACAUACAAGUGACCAAACGAAACCAGCAACAUCAGAACAGACCACAGUCAUUAUACCAACACUAACAAUGCAGGAGCCCUCUAUUGAUGAAGACUUCAAAGAGUUCAGCAAAGAAGAAUCCAGACUUUCACCAGAAGCGGGCAAAGAUGUUGGGAAAACAGAAACCACACCUGCGCCACUCGCCAAGCCAGAGCCCUCCUUUGAUAUUGUCACUUCAAAGGAAGAGGUGACCUCUGAUCCAAAACAAGAAACAGCGUCUGAUAUCCCUGUGCCCAAAGCAGAACCAACGUCAGACUCAAUUGAGAAAAAGGCUGUGUUAUCAACAGUUUCAAGCACUGAGAGUCAACCCAUGAGCUGUACGCUUUCGAGCACCGAGAGCCAAUCCAGUGUGGACGAAACACCAACGCAAGAGAAACAGAUUGCAUCUGAGACAAGCUCAGAAGUUGGUGCCACAGAAAAGACAAAGAUGGAUGAGAAAACCGGAAAAGAGGCUGUGAGGGAGAUGGAAGGAGAGCGAGAGGUGGCUUCUCCUGGAUUAUCACAACCUUGUUCAUAUUUCUUGCUGGACAGAGAUUCUGAAGAUGCCAGCAAUGCUUUGAAAAAGGAGAGCGUUGAUAAAAUUACCUCAGAGAGGGAAACGAUCAGUGGAAGUCUCGAUGAUGAAAAGCAAACCUUUGGUGCAUCCAAAUACGAUCCGUAUGAAAAGCCCAUUCCAAAGGAUCAUGACUUGGACUCUAGAGAAGAAAGUGAGGUUUCUUUAGGUUUUGAUCACACGUCUGAUAUGGGUAUUGAUGAUAACAGAAGAGCAAGCCAGGCAGAGGUUGGAGGAGCCAUGUUCCUCCUCGAUGAUCAGUACAAAGAAGAGCCUUUGUCCUUCAGUAGAGUUGACUACAGCCCGGUGUCGCUCACAGAGAGUGAGCGGAGCAGCCACCACAGCCGAAGUGCCUCGCCUAAAUAUGAAGACAAAGAGAAAGGCCAAGAGGAAGAAAGGGAGAGAGAAGAAAGACCAGAUACACCUUUUGUUGAAAAGAGCUUUUCAUCUGUAGAAAUCCAAGAUAACAAAAUGUCCCAGGCUGCUGAGUCUUACUCUUUCAGUCCCAAAGAGGACAAACCUGAGAAAUCAGAGAGGGAGAAAGAGGUUAUGACCGAAGGUGCUGCAGCAGUUUUUAAGACAACUGGGGCAACAGGAGAAAGUGAUAAAGUUUCUACCAGUGCAGCUGGUCUAUCAGCAGGCACAUCAUUAAGACAAGAUACACCAUCUCCAUCAUGGAGCCACUUGGAUCUCGGUCCCCAAGUCUCCGCUUCUCCUGUAGCUUUUGGAGAAUUCUCAGAAAAGAAAACAACAGAAAAGGAGAAAGAAAAAGUGCUUAAAGACAAAAUGGACUCCUCUGAUCAUGACAGAGAGGGAUCUCCAUCUGGGCGGCAUUCACCUGCAGAAAAAGACAUUUUACCUCGACAAGCAUCACCUGUAGAGAAAGAGGGAACCUCAAGUGAUUCGAGAUCUGUGCCUGGUGCUACAUAUUUAGGACAUGAAAUAGAUGAUAAUGUUUUGGCAUCUGACAAUAGUCAAAUUAGCAGCUCUGCCACUUGUAAAUCCAUGUUAGACUUUCCUGAAGGAAAAGAGAGUCUGAUAGAUAAAAGGAUACUCGUAGAGGGGGAAGAUUUCAAUGUUGAUGAUGAUGACGACGAGGAUGAGGAUGAGGAAGAGGAAGAAGAGGAGGAGUUAAGUGAUAUUGAUAUGGAAAAGGGUGCCAGAGAACAGUCUGAAAAAGAAAUAUGCAGGCGUACCUCUGAUGAUAGUUCUACAUUAGCAGAGGUAGAGGACUCAAAUAAAAAGUCUCAGUUGCCUGAAUCAAGCAUGCUUAAAGAGGAAAAGGUUUGUAAACCAACACCUAAUGAUGCCUCGGCUUCUAAAGUCACAGAGACAGACAAGGAGGACAUGAGUAUAAAAAUACCAUCUCCUGAGACAAAACCCAUCAAAGAGGCUGAUAAAGCUAGUGAUAGUGCCACAUCCAAGCUUCCUGACACACAGAGUGAGGAUGUAUGUAAACCAACUCCGUCACCAGGCCCUUGUGAUAAAAAAUUUGCCGAAAGUGCUAUAACUACAUCAGAUGCCCCAAAACCUCCUGAAACAAAGAAAGAAGAGAGCACAGACAAAAAGCAUUUGUCUCCUGAACCGACCACAAAGAGAAGGUUGUCAUCGGCUGAGGAUUUUGCCUCCUGCGAUGUACUUGGGUCAGUAAGAGGAGAUGAAGACAAAGCAUCUUCAUCGCCAAGCUUUUUGACAAAGGAAACUUCUCAAUUGACAACAGCCAGCAGCUUGACAGGCAGUUUUUUGCCACCUGACUAUUCAGAGUCCAUGUCCAAGACUACAUCUAGUCCCUCUCCUCCACUUAGCAGCAGCUAUGCCGAUAUCGGACACAGCAGAUCUGAAGGUUAUUCUGAGCAGUUUUACGGUGGGGAUCAUCAAAAAGGAUCGAAGGAGGAGAAGGAAGACACCCAGCCAUCCAAGCUAAGUGAUGAUAAAUAUUACACUCAAAGAGACGUCCACGAAGAAAGAAGGGAUGAGAAGACCACAAGACACGAGGAAACUUCUUCAUCAGCUUGCACAUACACAACCUUAACAUACUCGUCUUCGUCUUAUAGUUACUCAUCCUCAGCCUCAACUUCUGCCUCUUUGAGCCAACAGUUUGGAGACAAAGGUCAAACUUCCACAACACUACCAAGCUCUGAAGUAACUCUAACCAAAGAGGAGCCAUCCACCACAGAAUCUUCAAGCUCCUGCUUUGGAGGGUUUCAGAGAGAUGAGUACAUGGAGGUGACGACCAAACCUGCAACAAAAGUGUCUUUACCCAGCCAGAUUGAUGAGACCAAACCAUCAUCUCCAGGCGCGUCUACCACUGCCAGACCAACUGAGGAUCAAAGUGCUUCUGUAAAGCCUGAAACAGACACAAAGUCAAGCACUGAUAGUUUCUACAUGCUAGAAACUAAGAUUACAACAUCUACCAUACCGCCAUCUUUACAAGGUACCGAACCAGCGAAGGUGUCAGAGACUUUAUCCAAAUCAGAGGCUUGCUUCGAUGUCUCUCCCCUUCAAAGGGCUGAGUCCUCUGACAGGGUGUCCCAAGGGUCAGCGGAAGAUGAGGAGCCUGAUACACUUGAAAUGGAGGACAGCACGCUACCAUGUCGUAUUGAAUGUCAAAAAAUCAAAGUGGCUGAGCAAAAAGAGACUGCAUCAACGACCGAGUCAUAUUCUGUGGAAAGUACCAUAACCUCCACAGAGAUGAAGACGGUCACCGUCACCUCUUCUACUGUUGCGUCUAAACCUGAUGUGGUGAUCCAAACAACUCACCAGACAGCCUCAGCUACUCCACCGAGUGAUAGUGGAGCUAGCAAAACCACAUGUGCCACAACAGACGUGUUCAAAACAGAGGAAAGUAUGGAGAUAAAGGAGAAAACACAGGAUAUGAAGGAAGAAAAGACAAAGGAACCUAUUGCACCUUUGAAGGAAGAUGAAAAGGUAUCAGAAAAAGAAAUAAAAGAAAAAGAUGAAAAGACAGAGACUGCUAAAGACUGUGAAGUCAAGCAGAAAACAGAUGAUAUGAAGUCGGAAGAAAAGACAUGUAAAGACGUUGCAGAGGAGAAGAAGGUAACAGCUGAUCCAAAGAUGUGUGAAAAAGCAGAAGAUGGUGAGAAAGGAGAAGCGGAAAGAGCAGAGGAGAAGAGCUUGUUGGAGAAGCCAUCAGAGAGGUUAGCGGUCAGGAGAAAGAGCAGCAUAUCUGAUUGGGAGCUACUACAGAGACCUGAUGACUGCCCAAGUGCCCCUCCUCCAGGCUACGGUGAUGAUGAUGAGGAAGAUGAAGAUGAGGAAGCAAUGGAAGCGAUGGAAUGGAUGGCCACUGUCCAUGGUAGCUCUAAGUCCUCCUCAAAAGAUACCUAUCAAACAGAAGCAUCAAGCAAAGGAGCCACGAAGGCUGAUCGUCCAUCUGACUUGAACACAGGAGCUACCUCCUCCUCUUCCUCCCACACUGGCUACUCCUCCUGCGAAUAUAAACACCGCAAAGGAGAACUUUCUCCCUCAUUCAUCAACCCAAGCCCUCAUCAGCUCUCCAGUGACGAGGGUGAGGAGGAAGAGCACAGUGACCACUCUCAGGAAGGAGAUGAGGAUGAACAGGAGCAGCACUCUGUCAAAAGGAGGUCUCACAAGCAGAGGCGCCACCAACCUCCAAGUUAUGGAGACGCCGGACAGGGGGCACAGCUGCCAGGCGCCAUGUCGUCUGGCUUGGCUGUGACGUUAGCUGGAGAGGAAACACCUCCGACAUCAGUGAGCGAAUCAUUGCCUUCACAGUCUGACUCUGACGUCCCUCCGGAAACCGAGGAGUGUCCAUCAAUAACAGCUGAAGGAAAUCUGGACUCUGAUGAAGAUGCUGAACAUCUGCCGGUGGACAAAUCGUCUGCAUCUGGUGGUGGGGGAGGUCACCAUCCGUCAUCACCAAGAUCAGCUCAGAAGACUCACGAUCCCCUCCCUACCCCGAUGAAGGACCCUCUUCCCCACCCUCCCCACCCAGAUGUCUGCAUGGUAGAUCCAGAGGCUCUUCUCAAUGACAUUACCAGCACAGAGAAACUUCUUAAAAAGGAGCAUAAGACCACCAAGGGCCUAAGGAAGGGCAAACCCAAGUCAGCCUCCCCUGCUCGUAAGGGGGAAGUCAGGAAGAGGUCCUCCACGCCAGUGAAGCAGACUUCAAAGGACUCUGCCUCACCUCGAUCAGCCUCCCUCAGGAGGAAGGACACAGACAAAAGCUCCAGGCUCAUUAAGAUGUCUGAGACCCAUGGCUCCAGGAGCGAGAUCCUCAACCCUGGAAAAGGCUUGGUCAAUGGUGUCAAGAGCAGUUCAGCUAACAACUCCCAGAAAACGAGCUCGGCUGUCCCCCCCGGACCUCCCGUCUAUGUCGACCUGGCCUAUGUGCCCAACCACUGCAGUGCCAAGAAUGUGGACCAGGAAUUCUUCAAGAGAGUAAGAGCUGCGUACUACGUGGUGAGCGGGAACGACCCGGGCAGUGGAGAACCCAGCCGUGGAGUCCUGGACGCGCUGCUCGAGGGCAAAGCUCAAUGGGGCUCCAAUUUACAGGUGACUCUGAUCCCAACCCAUGACACGGAGGUGACCCGGGACUGGUAUCAGCAGACCCACGAGAGGCAGCAGGACCUGAACAUCAUGGUUCUGGCCUCCAGCAGCACUGUAGUCAUGCAGGACGAGUCCUUCCCUGCCUGCAAGAUCGAGUUCUGAGCUUCACGAGCCCCGCUGUGUUCCCCCCCCCCCAUCCUCGCCCUCCCUGUCAUCUGUUAUCACUGGAGGUAGAGCGAGAGCUUAUAGCUUCUGCUUCUUCAAAGCUUCUCGCUCUCUCAUGGUACCAAUCUCAAACGCAUUUGCUGCAGCCCUCAGUAUGCUAGAUUCUGUUAGCUGAAAUCAAAGUCAGAACUCUGGGUUUAUGCUCUGUGCGACAGUGGGGCUAUCACACCAAUAGCAUACUUUGUUUUUUCUUCUGUGAUUAAACUGUCUGCCCCAACACACCUCAUACUAGCACUAACAAUUGUGAUUAAAAAUUCAACGUUAUCACCUCAUAUCUACCAGACGACUGGACAUCGUUAUCCCUCAAAGGCAAAUGCCACAGCUAAACCAUAGAUUAGAAAGGUAUAGUUCUUAUGGUUCUAAUGGUUGGCUCAAAUCAGUUAACUUGUGAAAGGUAAUACACUAAAGUGGCAAAUUUCUUAUCUGAAUGGCCAAAACAAGUGCCAAAACACUGUUAAAAACAAAAAUUCUUAUUGGUUACUUACUCUAAACUGUCUCCUAAUUUGUCUAGAUUGUAUGCACAGUGUUUUAAAAAGGGUAGAAUAUUUUCAGUUUCUCAAUAUGAAGCUUUCCUUUCCACCUGUGCACACAACAGAACUCAUCCUUUGUAAUUCUGCUCACGCUACAGUAGUUUUUGGAUUAACUCAAUAAUGACAUAAAUUGAUGUUAUGUAAAGACAAAAAACAAAAAAAUUAAACGUUCCUUCUCGUCAUUUGUGGUGAAGUUUUAGGAGGUGCCUGAAGUUGACACUAUUUCAGCUUUCACAGCUUUGCUGGUGCAUGAUGCUUGCGUUUUAGCUCGGACUCUUUCAGAACUGCAUAGGGUUAAACCUUUCUUUAGCCAGCCUUCAAGUGUGGAAUGCAGUAUAGUGUAGAUAGCUUACUACACUGUUUGGCUGUCUAUGCUCAAGUGAAUUCAAUAGGCACCAGACAAAGGAACGACGUUUGUACACUAAUCAUAUCUCUGCUGGAUGUAAUGGUUCCUCUUUAAGUCUUUUCAUGGUCUUUGUUGGUUGUAUGUACUCCAGUACACAUAUUAGGGUAAAUGUUUCUAUAUCAAUACAGAGGUUAUGUUAAAUAAAUUAUAUAUUUUGUGAUGAUGCAGCAAAUUACGAUCUGAGGUGAAUGCAGCGUUUUUUGAUUGUGCAUUUAAGAAGGUUUAAAAGAACAUUUCUGUCAUUUCCUCCUGUUCAGUUACAUUUUACCGUCUCUGUCGGUAUCUCGAAGCGAUGGACAAAACAAGCAGUGAGCUGUGACAAAUGUAGCAACAGAAGCUCGUCCGCAAGUCCCUUCAGAGGGAAAGUUACACCAGUGGGAACUGCAAUGUUUAUAUUUAUUAUUGGGGUGAUUUUCAGGGAGAAAAAUGGCGCGAAGUGUGUUACAGGAGGCUUCUUUCACGUGCCUUUAGCUUGUGGUUUUGGAGAGAGGAGGAUAUUUUAAGGACAUGUCAGCCAUUUUGACACAGAGGCAGAAAUCAGGGUAAAUAAAACAAAAAAAACAAAACAAGUACAUGACUUUGAAAUAGAGGACCAAUCAGUUCACACUGUACACGCACAAACCGUAUCCAGACCCAGGAUAAUACAUUAUAAUGAAAUAACUAAGCAUUAAUUCCACAUUCUGAAAUGCCACUUUUAGCCAAAACAAUAUGAAUGUCUUCGAGCAGGUAUUGCACCAAAUAGGAAUGUACUUUUUCGAAGUGGGAGAGGAGCGUUUAGAGGUUGGAUGUUUGUUUGUAGUCGAAGCACAGAGAGUUAGCGUAGUAGCAGGAAAAAACUUUGAUUUGUGAUGUAUAAUAAUUAACUAAUAUUAAUCCAAGAGUAAUCUUUAUAGAAUGAGCAUGAAUGUGAUGGUUAUGAUUGUAUUGGACACAGUUAUAGAAGAAGGAAUGUCUCUGAAGUAGUUUUGUGUGUGUGAGAGAGAAUACAAUACACACCAAGUAGCUGUUUUUAUAACACAGAAUAGUUUCUGACAGUGACGUGGCAAGUCAGUUUUCAGUGGGUUCAGUAUGAAAGGUCUUUCCGCUUGUUCACAGCCAGAUUCGAGAGAAGCUCGCGUCAAAUUUAUAUGUGGCCGAGUUUUAUUUCUUCUUUUUUUUAGAUGACAUUCUUGGUUUCAUUUUCUCCAAUUUUCAGCUGAGAAGCAAGUGCAAUUCUCAUUAUUUUCUGUUUACAUUUCAAUUUUCUAGAGAUGGCUCAUCACAUGCUUGAUAAUUUUGUUGUUGUGAGGACUGAUUUGAAGCUACAGGGGACAGGCCAGGCUGGGCAAAGCAUGGGGAGGCUUGGAUUUCCAAUAAAAACUUUGCUUGAACUAUUGAUGAAAGAUUGAUUGUUAGGAUGUUGCCAACUAAAAGCAGGGAGAAUCAUCUGCUUGCACAGUUAAACCCUCAUUAUUUCCCACAAGAUGAUUCAAACUAUGGAAAGAGACGUCACAGAAAGCAGGAGCAUUUAUCAACUUGUGCUGGGACCAGUGCCAUUUUCUCUCCCUGUAAGCUCUUAUAGUAACUCAUCCUCCAAGGCCUCCGCACUCUCUGCUCUGCCUGGCCUCCCUUUAGUUUCGCAGCAUUAUACUUGUCCUUUACGCAUUUCUUAUCCCACUGCGGAGAAUCUGAGUUUGAUGCAGGUUGUGUAUUAAACAGCUGGGUACGCACAAGUACAAACACUCCAGUGUGGAGGGAGUUGAUUAACUGAAGGCCACAUUAAUAUAUGCACACUUAGGGACAGUGAAGACUCAAAAUGACUCCCUUGAAAACAGUUCAUGACUUGGUGUUUGCAAACCGAUCAAUCAAGCAAAACGUCCUUUUCACCCCGUCUUCGAUGCCGUGUGUGUCCAAAAAAGCCAGGGAGAAGCUUUUCACUGUAUGGAUCAGAUUUUUUGGAUGGUCUGAUAUGUUGUUCUGUCUUUGAAUAAUGUUUUUAAGUUGGCAGAUUCCAAAAAGGCGGCCUUGAGAUGUUCAGGGCAUCAGUAGAACGCUGUGAAUCACUCAAUACUGAACUGUAUGACUAUACAGAAGCUGAAUGCACUAUACAGGAGAUCUAUUUUUCUGAAUGUAGAGUUGGUACUACCAUGCGAAUGCUGCUGGAAUCGAAAACAAUAGAGAAAAAAAAUACAUAAAAACAAAACAAAAAAAAAAACAACCAAAUAUUCACAACAACCGAAUACAGAAAUACAUUUUAUGGCAUAGAGAAUAAGGGCAGGGACUGUUUUCUGUUUUGACAAAUUGUCAUUUCAAUUAUGGUUCUGCUCCAGAGGAGAAGAAGGUUUGAGGUGUCAGAAAGAAACUGAGAUCCAAUAACAAACAUUAACAGUAACAGACAAAUAUUACUAACUGCACCUGCAACUUUUUCCUUUUCCUGAAUAUGACUUGAAACACAUGCAGACUCAAAAGACAACCAUCAAUAAAAUUAAACAAACGCUACAUGUACAUUGAUGUACUGUACUCAGAUUUGUACAUAUCGCUCUGGAAAGAAUAAAAAUUCUGAAAGAUAUAACAAACUAUCCUUCUUGUAACAACUGUUCAUUUUAGCUGAUUUUAGUGACAGUAUGAUCAAAACUGCUACAGUAACUACUCCUCAAACAAAGAAAACUACACAAAACGCUGACAAGAUACAGAAUGAAAAAAAAAAAAACGUGCAUCUUUCAGUUCAAUUUCAUUCAUCACCAUACCUGCAUUAAAAUGAAGAUAUCAUUUGAUCACAACAUGGUGUCAUCCAUCCAUCUAAUCUCUCUGCAUGUGAUUUAUUUAGUUAUAAUCCUGAAUGUAAUUGUUUAACAUGGAAAUAAUAAUAAUAAAAAAUACAAUGCUAUUUUAAAGAGGUAUAUUUGAAAAAAAGCUAAUUGUCUUAACUGGUACUGAAAUGACCUACAGUAAUAUAAUACUGGGCUGUGCUUUUAAUGUUUGCCCUAUUAACAUGUUGUUAAGAAGACGCUGUAUUAGUAGUUCUGUUUGAUUCUCUCUCUCUCUUUCUCUCUCUCUCUUUUUUUUUGCAUUGUAUUAAUCUUAGUUAUGUUUUUCUUCCUCAGUGCAAUAUUCAAUAUCUCUCUGUCUCUUUAAAUCUAACUGGUAAAACUAGAACUACUGCAGAUUCAUUGUAAAAGGGAAACAGCCUGGUGAUCAUCAAUUAAAGUACAUUGAAAUCUAAACAUG